AUGGCAGCCAUAAAUGGAAACCCCCCCAAGAUCACCAUUUACACUAACCAUAAUUGCCCGUACGCGCACCGUGCGCACAUUGUGAUCAAGGAGCUGGGGCUACCAUACGAGGAGGUCAUCAUCGAUCUGAACAAACCGAGAGAACCUUGGUAUCUGGAGGUCAACCCACGCGGCCUCGUUCCUUCGAUCAACUUCAAUGGCGAAAUCAUCACCGAGUCCGCUAUUGUCUCCCAAUUCCUGGCUGACGCUUACCCGUCACAUCUCCUUCCGCCAUCUAACACUGUGGACGGUGCCUUGAAGCGCGCUCGCAUCAACUUCUUCACGGACACCUGGACCACCAAAGCCGGUAGCUUUUGGUUCAAGAUCGCAAUGGCGGACUCCGAGGAAGAGAAGGAAAAGCUUUCGAAAGAAUUGGUCAGCACCGUCAAGAAGGAAAUUGAGCCCUUGCUCAAGGAUGCGGCGCCGUUCUUUGGCGGGAGCUCCAAGUUGACCUUCGCUGAAGCCAUCGUUGCACCCUUCAUCGUACGCCUCUUUGCUUUCACGAAACAUGGCCUGCUUCCCAAGUCAGCCAGCGAUGAGAUGCACGGACUUCCCCAAUUUUCCAAGUGGGCUACUGAGGUCAUCAAGCAAGAAAGCGUGACGUAUAUCUGGAACGAGGAGCGCGCCGUGGAAAGCAUUAAGAAGAAAGUUGCUUCACUCAAGGCAAAGGCCUAG